AUCCGCCCUUCCUUUCCUGCUCGUCUUAAUGGUUCCUCCCGGAUACCUAGCUUUCCGAAGCCUCAGCGGUAAACUGUGAGGUCGUUUUGGGUUUACUUGACCCUGGAUGAGGCCUAGGUCGUCUGGACCGUAACUACCAUGAAUAUUAUUCACUUGGUACGAGAUCACUGGCCCAUUGCAUUGUGUCCAAUAGGAUUCUUGGUGGGGUGGUACUUUGACAAGAGGAAUGAUGAGAAACUGGCAAUGUUCAGAAACAAGAGCAAAUUAUAUCAAAGGGAAUUAAAACCUGGUGAAGAUGUCAUAUGGAAAUAAUGCAUCAAAUGAGAGUUGAUUUCCCUACAGUUUGAAUAAGUGAUUGUUCCAUAAUGAAAAUAGAAUCUAUUUGUUCAAAAAACCUUUGUUCAGCAUAGGAUUACUAAAAAAGUAUGUAGCCCCAACUACAUGAUGUCAUUCAAACAUACAAUUUGAAGUAAGGGUGAUAUAGUAUUAAGAAGUUUGGUACAGUGUGUUCCUGAGAAACUGUUAGUCUCUCUGAGUUUGAACCUUUCAGUCAGCUUCAGAGGAUAUAGUUACACCCUGUAAACUAUAGGAUUGUAGUUGGUAGGGAUCAGAUACAAUUAUGUAUAUUUUCUCCAUAAAUUCUUCUGGAAUUUCUUCCUUGACAAUUGGUCUUUUUGUGCAUUUAAAUAAAAGUACCCUGAAAUAGAUUUAAAA